AAAAUAAGCAGCGUUGCGUUCAGAGAGGUAAUAGGUUGUAAGAAGGAGAAAAGGAGCAGGUCUGGGUAGAAAGGGGGAGAAAUGUCGGAGAGGAUUGCUUCCUGCGGGAACCUUUAUGACACUACUACGCUUCUUCUACAGUACUGCAACGAUGACAACCUGUCGGCGAGCAGCGCCAUGGAGGUGGACGACCGCCUGUCGCACUUGGAGCAGCGCGUCCAGCUGCAGGAGGAUGAGAUCCAGCUGCUGAAGGCGGCGCUGGCUGACGCCCUCCGCAGGCUAGGCUGCUGCGAGGAGCAGAGCCAGGCCCCCGGCAAGAGGAGCGUACCCACCAAGGGUGAGGGCCCGCAGCCUGGACGUCCCGUCACAUACACCAGGGUCCGUCAGCUCCUGCAAGCCUUGCCAUCCAAGCCCCUCAGCAAUGGGUACAUACCACACAAACGACUGGGGGGUUUCCCCUCAUCACCCUCCUCCCCCAAAAAGGAGGUACUGCUCUCCAUUAAAAGGAAAAGCAUCUCCACAGAGCGUCUCUCCACGGCGAGGAGAGACAUGUCCUCUGACUCGCGGAGCCGAACCACUUCUUCCAGCAGCUCCUCCUGCAGCAAGCGAGACAGCAAAUCCAAAGAAUGCACCCUCAAUGCUGAGGACGGGUACGUGAGGAUGUUCCUCCGUGGCCGCCCCGUCACCAUGCACAUACCCGACCAGCUGCGCGACAGCUACAGCCUGGACACCAAGCUGGAGCUGCCCGAGAACCGCCUCAAGCUGCAGUGGGUGUACGGUUACAGGGGCAGAGACUGCCGCUCCAACCUGUACCUGCUGCCCACGGGGGAGAUCGUCUACUUCAUCGCCUCCGCUGUGGUGCUGUACAACGUGGAGGAGCAGCAGCAGCGUCACUACCUGGGCCACAACGAUGACGUCAAAUGUUUGGGAGUCCAUCCAGACAUGGUCACCAUAGCAACCGGGCAAGUAGCUGGAACCUCCAAAGAUGGCAAGCAAUUGCCUCCUCAUGUUCGGGUGUGGGACUCUGUCAGCCUCAACACCCUCCAUGUCAUCGGGUCGGGGGUGUUUGACCGAGCCGUCACCUGUGUGGCCUUUUCCAAGUCGAAUGGUGGCACCCACCUGUGCGCUGUGGACGAUGCCAACGACCACAUCCUGUCAGUGUGGGACUGGCAGAAGGAGAAGCAGCUGGCCGAUGUGAAGUGCUCCAAUGACUCUGUGCUGGGGGCCUCCUUCCACCCUAUGGAGGCUAACCUGAUCGUCACCUGCGGGAAGUCCCACCUUAACUUCUGGACCAUGGAGGGGAACACGCUUACCAAGCGGCAGGGCCUGUUUGAGAAACACGAGAAGCCCAAGUACGUGCUCUGCAUCGCCUUUGCUGAGAACGGGGAUGCCAUUACCGGGGACUCGAGCGGGAACAUCUACAUCUGGGGGAAAGGCGGGAACCGGAUCACCCAGGUGGUGGGAGGGGCCCACGAGGGCGGGAUCUUCUCGCUGUGUGUGCUGAAGGACGGGACCCUGGUGUCGGGAGGAGGCAAGGACCGCCGGGUGGUGCUGUGGGACCAUGACUACCAGAAGAAGAGCGAACUGGAGGUGCCUGAGAUGUUUGGCCCGGUCCGGUCCCUGGCCGAGGGGAAACAGGACGGCUUGUUUGUGGGAACAACCCGAAAUGCUAUACUCCAGGGCUCCUUCUCUGGGGAACUCAGUCCCAUUGUUCAGGGCCACACGGAUGAGUUGUGGGGCCUGGACAUCCACCCCAGCAUGGAGCAGUUUGUGACCUGCGGCCAGGACAAGCUGGUCCACCUGUGGGACACCACCACUCACCAACCCCUGUGGAGCAAGUACAUAGAGGACCCCGCUCGCUCUGCUGGAUUCCAUCCCAGUGGGGCUGUGGUUGCUGUGGGAACCAUGACAGGAAGGUGGCUGGUGCUGGACACUGACACCAGGGACCUUGUGUCAAUGCACACAGAUGGCAAUGAAAUCAUCUCCAUCGUCAAAUAUUCACCAGAUGGGUCCUACCUGGCAGUGGGAUCCCAUGACAACUUUGUUUACAUGUAUGCAGUGACGGAGAAUGGCAGGAAGUACAGUCGUGUAGGGAAGUGCACGGGCCACUCCAGUUUUGUGACCCACUUGGACUGGUCCACUGACAGCCAGUACAUCGUCACCAACUCAGGAGACUAUGAGAUCUUAUUCUGGGAAUCCUCAAGUGGCAAACAUGUGACCAACGCUGACACUGUGAGGAACCUGGAGUGGGCCACAUCCACCUGUGUCCUGGGCUUCAGUGUCUUCGGCAUCUGGCCAGAUGGUGCUGACGGGACAGAUAUCAACGCCGUGUGCAGGUCACAUGACGCCAAGCUCCUGGCCUCUGCUGAUGACUUUGGCAAAGUGCACUUGUUCUCAAAUCCCUGCUCCCAGCCAAGGGCCCCAAGCCAUGUUUACGGUGGCCACAGCAGCCAUGUGACCAACGUUGCCUUUCUCCAUGACGACAGUCACCUGAUCUCCACCGGUGGGAAGGACAUGAGCAUCCUGCAGUGGACUGUCGCCUAAGGAGCUGCUGCAUCUUCACUGGAGCCUCCUGUCCACUAGAGGGCAGAACUGCUGUGCCUAAACCUGUCUGUAACCCUCACUCUCCUACUCCUAGCUGUCUGAGUGUACUGUACUGUACUGUGCUGAGUAGCCACUAGAUGGGGCACUGGCAAAAGAGAAAUAGCAUGACGACGAAUAUUUAAAGAUAUUUAAAGGAGCUGUAGCUGCUGUACGUGUCGUUGCAAAAGUCUAUAGAGAUAAAGAUAUAUAAUUGAGUGGCUGUUUUAAUAUUUAAAGUAACUAAGCUUGUUGUGGCACUAAGCACCUGAUGCAUAGAUAGAGGUAAGCUAAAGCUAGGCUUCGCUUCUUUUGUUUUGUUAAUAAAGUUUCU